AUGGGGGAGCGGCGCGGGGCGGCGGUGAGAGCGGCGGCGAUCGUGCUAGGGGCGGGCGCCUGCUACUGCCUCUGGCGGCUGGCGGCGGGCGGCCGGCAGGGACAGCGGAACCGGGCUGGGGCUGCCCGAAACCCUCCAUCAGACAGCAGUCCGCCAGCACCAACCCAUAUCAUGGAUGUGGAUGCUCUGCAGAAACUUAUUCGUUUGCUCCAGGCAACAGAUGAUCCAUUAAUUCAAGAGAAAGCUUUAAUCAGUCUCAGCAACAGUGCUGCCUUCUCUGUAAAUCAAGACAUAAUCAGAAAUUUGCAUGGACUUUCUAUUAUUGGAGGGAUGCUCUCAAAUUGUGUUCCCAAGGUUAAAGAAAAAGCACUAAAUGCACUUAAUAAUUUGAGUAUGAAUAUUACAAAUCAGGAAGAGAUACAGGUAUAUAUUACAGAGGUUUGUAGGAAUGUUGAAUCAGCUCCCCUGAACUCUGAUCUGCAGCUUGCUGGACUUCGAUUGUUGACAAAUAUGUCUGUUACCAGUGACUACCACCAUAAGAUGAUAAACUCCAUUCCAUGCUUUCUUCAUUUGCUUUCAGAAGGAAGUGAAAGGACACAGAUUCAAGUUUUGAAAGUACUGGUGAACUUAUCUGCAAAUCCAGCCAUGACAAGAUACCUUCUCAGAGCUCAAGUGCCAUCAUUGCUGUUACUUUUUGACAACUGUAUAAACAGGGAUAUUCUGCUUAGAGCCCUGGUAUUUGCAGCAAACUUGAAAAAGAAUGUGAACAAUGAAGAUGGCACCAUGAUUCAGGACGAAUACAGUGAAGAUUCAAUUUUCUUUACACUCUGCAGGGACACUGCCCCAUUUGCUCAGAAACUGGCAUCUUUGUUGCAUCACCCUGAUGCAGAAGUGAAAGAGCAAGUUAAAAAAGCCACAAAGUAAUUCCAGAUUUCUACUCUACAUUUUGUAUGGAAGAAAGUCAGCUGAUUCAUCCUUGCUAUGCUUAAGACUGAAGACAAAACUCUUCAAGAACAUCACAAAUACACCAGCAAGAAUCCAACACAGUGAAGCUCCAUCUUCCAAUUGCCUGCUUUUUUAUUUGUCAUUCAGCAAUG